CGUGAUUCGCGUACGAUAUGCAAUGAUGAUUUGGCACAACGCUAAGUACAUUUGUCUCACGUCUUUUACAAUGCUGCGUACAACGAUCAACCAAAGUGUCCGGAAAUUCGGUGCCAAUGCGCCUUCCACGAUAAAAUGCAACCGACUGGAAGGAAAAGUCGCGAUCGUGACUGCAUCCACAGAGGGAAUAGGCUUUUCCAUAGCGAAACGUUUAGCGCAGGAAGGCGCUAAGGUAAUGAUCAGUAGCCGCAAGGAAUCGAACGUGAAGCAGGCCGUGGAGGAACUCAAGUCCGAGGGUUUGCAAGUCGCUGGUACUGUCUGCCACGUAGGAAAAGCAGAGGACAGGAAAAAUCUGUUUGAAAAAACCAAAACUGACUUUGGAGGCUUGGAUAUUUUGGUGUCUAACGCAGCUGUUAAUCCAACAGUCGGCUCAGUAUUGGAUUGCUCUGAAGAAGUGUGGGAUAAGAUUUUCGACGUCAAUGUCAAAUGUACAUUCCUGCUGAUGAAGGAGUCCUUGCCGCUUCUUAAAUGCAGCAAAUCGCCUUCCAUCAUCAUUGUGUCUUCAAUCGCUGGAUAUGUUCCUUUUAGCUUACUGGGCGUAUAUUCAAUUAGCAAAACUGCUUUAUUGGGCCUGAUUAAAGCUGCCAUGGCCGAGCUUGCGAACGAUGGGAUCCGUAUAAACGGCAUCGCGCCGGGAAUAAUAAAAACUAAAUUUUCGAAACCGUUGUACGAGUCGGAAGGCGCGCACGAACUUUCCAAAAUGCAAAGUAGCAUGAGAAGACUCGGAAUGCCGGACGAGAUUGCAGGCGUAGCUGCAUUUCUAGCAAGCAACGACGCUUCUUAUAUCACCGGCGAGACCAUAAUAGUGAGUGGUGGAUCGAAUGCAAGGCUCUAAAUCACUUUACAAUAAUAUAUCGUUUAAUAUAUUGUAUAUAUACGUAUAUGCGUGUGCAUAAAUGAAAAUGUUUUUUUAUAGAAUUUUUUGAAAAAUUGUAUAUAUCUAUAAGUUAAGUUUGGUGUACUUAUAUUAGUAUACGUUGAAAAAUUGUAAGAAAUAUUAUGCCAAGAGAACGUAAAGUAAAAACUAAAGUUAUAUAUUCAUUAUAAAUAA